CACAGUACAGCAUCACAGUCAGUGUCUACGUCGCGUCCGCUACACGCUUCUGUGCUGCUGUCUCACCGACCACCGCUACCGUGUGUACAGACGCGUGAUGGCAGUUCGGUUCCUCACGUUGGUCGUGGUGUUCGCACUAGUACUGCUGAUAGUACAGUCAUAUCGUUUGCCGGACUCUGACUCGGUGACUGGUGUGAUCAAUGCUACAGAGGAGGACGCACCUCUCCCCAUGGCUGAGGACAGAUGGUUCCCGAUCAAUCAUACUACUGCCAACUUGGACCGGAAAACCAUUUCUCGUAGAGAUACGGUCAAGCAGAUGAUGAAGCAUGCGUGGGACAACUACGUGAGGUAUGCCUGGGGUAAGAAUGAACUGAGGCCGGUCAGCAAGCGAGGACACUCAGGCAGCAUCUUCGGUUCAGCCUCACUUGGGGCGACAAUCAUGGACGGGCUUGACACUCUCUACAUCAUGGGGCUCAUGGACGAGUUCAAACAAGGUCGCGACUGGAUAGCAGAGAACUACAGUCUCGACCAGCUGAGUAUUGAUCUGUCAGUGUUUGAGACCAAUAUCAGGUUUGUGGGAGGGCUGCUGACUUGCUUCGCACUGACAGGCGAUGUCAUGUUCAGAGACAAAGCAGAGCACACAGCACAGAAACUGUUGCCUGCCUUCCAGACACAGACUGGCAUACCUAAUGCUCUCAUCAACACUAAGACUGGGACAAGCAAGAACUACGGCUGGGCCAGUGGUGGGGCCAGUAUCCUGUCAGAGUUUGGAACUCUGUCCCUGGAGUUUGGCUACCUCAGUGAUGUGACUGGCAACAGUGUGUAUCACAACAAGGUAGAGCACGUCAGACAGUUCCUCAAGGGGAUGGAGAAGCCUCGAGGCCUCUACCCCAACUAUCUCAACCCAAAGACUGGGAAAUGGGGCCAGCACCACAUGUCUAUGGGUGCCCUGGGAGACAGCUACUACGAGUAUCUACUGAAGGAGUGGCUAAGGUCAGGUAGAGAGGACCAGGAAGCAAGACAGAUGUAUGAUGAGGCCAUGGAGGCUGUCCUGGCUCAUAUGCUGCAGACCUCUUCUGGCGGACUCAUGUAUUUCUCUGACCUCAAGUUUGACAGGCUUGAGCACAAGAUGGACCACCUUGCCUGCUUCUCUGGUGGUCUGUUAGCGCUCGGGGCGCACACAUUACAGAAUACCCAGAGCAGUCGCUACAUGGAGGUAGCUGAAGGCAUCACUCACACGUGUCACGAGUCUUACGACCGGACAGCCACCAAGCUUGGUCCUGAGAGCUUCAGGUUCACGGAGGUGGUGGAAGCCAAGGCCAUCAGAACAGCUGACAAGUACUACAUCCUGCGGCCGGAGGUCAUUGAGAGCUACUUCUACAUGUGGAGGCUCACCAAGGACCCCAAGUACAGGGAGUGGGGCUGGGAGGCUGUUCAGGCUUUACAAAAACACUGUUGGACCCCAGGUGGAUAUACAGGUAUCAAGAAUGUCUACAUGGAGGAUUCCCAGAAAGAUGAUGUCCAGCAGAGCUUCUUCCUAGCAGAAACACUGAAGUAUCUGUACCUGUUGUUCAGUGACGACAGCCUCAUAUCCCUGGAUGAGUGGGUGUUUAACACUGAAGGACAUCCGUUGCCCAUCAAAGGCAUCAACCCCUACUAUCGGGCUUCCCCCACCCUCGUCCACACAUAAUGAUCUUGUCAUACUAGUGAGUGUACAGCGCAAUUAGUUUGUUGAACAUUAAAUUUGUACUUUUGUUUUAAAUAAUAGUUAUGUUCAUAUGUAAGUUUUGAUGCUGUGAAUAACCGAUAUUUUACAUUUGUAUAUAAAUUAAUUUUAUUUUACUUGCUGUGAUUUAUGUGAAAACUUUCAAAAAAAGCUUUUGUUUGUCAAUACUACAUUCCUCUUUUCCCUAAAUCAUAUUGGAUUAUCGAGGUUGUGGAUGAAAUGUUCUAAAAUCAAAUUGGUAGCUGAAAGUUAAUAACUAAGUGUUAAUAUUUAAUUGUUUUCUUAAUUUAGGCUUCUAAGAUCAAAUAAUUUUGAUGACUUAUAUUAUUAGAACAAAUUUUUUACUAGCUAAUUUUUAAUAUGAAUGACAGCUGAACUGCGACUAUCCACUAUCCAGUUAUCAAUGAUGCACUGUCGAUGGUGUUGUGGGACACUGGAGCAAAUUGAAUCAUAUUUUGAUCACAAAGUUGAGUUAUCAGAUAUUUUUGGGAUCAAUGAUUGAAUGAUUAUACGACAUCGCUCAUUUAAAAUCUGAACAUUGUUACCAUAUUCAUAUGUUACAAUGUUGUUAGGUAUACAAUAACCUUUGUCACCACAACAAAUCCAAUUUACACGAAAACAGUAAAGGCAUGGAUCAAAAAUUGUAAGGCAAUAAAAUUUGUCCAUUCUUUAUGUCAAAUAUCGUCCAAAGUAAUAUCAAUAGCCUUACUUUACAUAUUUAUGAAGUCUAAUUCGGAUAGUCAAAGGUUCACUGAAUACGUUUAUGCAUUUAAGUUUUACUAGAUUUAUUACUAGAAAAAGUUUCCUGAUAGAAAUAUAAUUUUAGUUGUUUGAACAAAUUAUUCUUCGUAAUGUUCUAGUGACAGAUAAUUUGCUAUGUAAUGAAUGAAAUGUGUACAUAUAUGUCCUGCUGUACAUAAGACAGUCCCUAUAAUUUAUUACAGAUUGGGUAAUGUAAAUAUUGUGAAUGAUGAAUGCUGACAUGCAUGUCAGGUGCCUAAGUGUGUGUAUUUUGUAAUCUUUUGAAUAGUUUUUAAUAUAUAUAAUAUAGAGUUAUGGAAUAUAUUUGUUAUUUUGUUUUCAAUUUACUUGAUUACGGAUUUUCAUGUGUGCACAAUGUUAUAAAUAAAUUUAUUUAUUUGUAAAUUGUAUCUUUUGUUGUAUUAAAAUUUAUUUAUUUUACACAGCUGCUCCUACAGAUCAUGUAAAUUUUAUUUAAUCAAUUUACGUUGGGAUUGUAUUUAAAAUAUACCUCUCUAUUUUAUUCCCUUUAACAAUAUUUUGGAAAAUUUUCUCUGGAUGCCCAACUUUUCGGUUUACAUUUUGCAAUUGAAUCAACACUUGCUGUGGUCCGUAAUAGCAGUUGUUGCCAGAAUUAAUAUCCUCUAAAUAAGUUAAAUUAAGGUUAAAAACUUCAUUUUAAACAGAAUUUGCAAAUGAAAUAAAGUUCUUCAUAACUAUGAUUUUCAAGUAUUGAAAAAUAUGUUUUAAAUCUAUCUCACAACCACUACUCUAAACAGAAUUUUCUUUGUCUUGUUAUUUCAAAUAGAAUAUUUCAUCACAAAAACCAACUAAAAAAAUACACAAUCUGAAAUACCAAAUCUUUUGUUUAAGAGGAUAGAAAUGAAAAAAGUUGUAAAAUUUUUCAAAAAAUUUUGAUUGAGGUCAACUAAUCUUGUAGAAAACACUGUAUUUGCUAUCACAGACCUUUGGAUCCAGGUUUCUAAACCCAAACAUGAUUAAUGGUUUUCAUUAAUAACAAUAAAGAUGUAUAUUGUGACUUUUACAGACUUUUUAUCAAAUCUUAUUCAACCUUACAAUUACAGUGAUAAAAAAAUAGUCAAAAAAUCAUGUAAAUACAUUUGAAAAGUCACUUACAAAUAAUUUACUCUACCUUUGCAACUGCAUCUAUGGAAUUUUAUUCAAUUUGAUCAAUUUUUAGCCUGACACUAUUAAACUUUUUGUAAAGUAGAUAGAGUGACAUUAAUUGUUUUAGCAUUUAUUGAAGCAUGAAUUUUUAUCUUCCUACUAUUGUUUUCAUAUUCUAGCAAAAGAAAUGUAGUCAAUUACAUAUUUUUAACGGAAGUGUGCAGUUGUGUUGUUUACGAGUGAACGGUACCAACAAGCUCAACUGUUUAGUGUAAGGUAUGUCACUGAGUGUACCAAUGGGUAUUUUAGAUUAAGACUGUGUAAUUAGAACAACCCUAUGUACAAUACAGAGAUUUGUUAUUUAAA